ACAAUGACAGAGGAAGCAUGCAGGACACGAAGUCAGAAACGAGCGUUAGAACGUGAAGUAACGCAUAACGAUGUGGACAGUAAGAAAAUAAAAAUGGAGAAAGGACUAUUAGGAACAGAUAUAAAUGCUGAAGGAGACAUGAAAUUAAAAGCAGAUCCUGGAGCUGGAAAAGUGCAAGGAUUAUUAAAAAGUGGAGAGGUGAAAGCAACCAUUAAAGUGGAGGUUCAGACGGGAGAUGAGCCUGUGGACAUGAGUACCUCAAAAAGUGAAAUAAAGAGAGAAAAGAGAGUCCCCUCACCGGACGUUAUAGUGUUAUCCGACAAUGAACCUUCUAGCCCUAGAAUGAAUGGUUUAACAAAAAUAGCAUUAAAAGAGACCAACACGGAGGCACUCAUGAAGAGCAGUCCAGAGGAGCGUGAGAGAAUGAUUAAACAACUAAAAGAAGAGUUACGGUUAGAAGAAGCAAAACUUGUUUUAUUGAAAAAGUUACGGCAAAGUCAAAUCCAGAAGGAGACCACUACUCAGAAGCCUGCUGGUUCCUCUGGGAGUGCUGUGGCCACCCCUCCGCCCUUGGUGCGGGGACCGCAGAGCGUUCCUGCUGGCAAGCCGUCCCUCCAGACCUCUUCUACACGUAUACCAGGCACUGUUAUUCCUCCUCCCUUGGUCCGUGGAGGGCAGCAGACUUCUUCCAAAUUAGGAACUCAGCAAAACACACAGAUAGUAAUGCCGCCUCUUGUCAGAGGAGCACAGCAAAUCCACAACAUCCGACAGCACUCCAGCACGGGGCCGCCUCCGCUGCUGCUGGCGCCGCGGGCAUCGGUCCCCAGCGUGCAGAUCCAGGGGCAGCGAAUUAUCCAGCAGGGUCUGAUCCGCGUCGCCAACGUCCCCAACACCAGCCUGCUUGUCAACAUCCCGCAGGCUUCACCGACUUCAAUCAAAGGUACAACCGUGACAUCCGCUCAGGCCAACGCUACCACGACCAGCGCCGCUUACGUCAACCCCCACACCCCCCCUCCCAAGCCGCCUGCGCCGGAGAUGAACUUCCUGCCAAGCGCAGCUAAUAACGAAUUUAUUUACUUAGUCGGAUUGGAAGAAGUUGUGCAGAACUUGCUGGAAACUCAAGGUAAAGUCUCGGUUGCUGUCUCAUCUCGCGAGCCCUAUAUGUGUGCUCAGUGUAAGACUGACUUCACCUGCCGCUGGAGGGAGGAGAAGAACGGAACCAUUAUGUGUGAAACCUGCAUGACAUCGAAUCAGAAAAAGGCCUUGAAAGCUGAGCACACUAACCGACUGAAGGCUGCCUUCGUAAAAGCGCUGCAGCAAGAGCAGGAGAUUGAGCAGAGGAUACUGCAGCAGUCUCCCGUACAGACCAAGGCAGACCCUAUAGCGCAGCACCACUCGCUCAAGCAGACUUCUAGCCAGAUGUCUCGAGGUCCUCCUGGAGCUCCGCGAGGAGUGUUGCAUGCAUUUAGCCAGUCACCCAAGUUGCAGAAUGCAUCGUCUGCAGCAGCACUUGGGAGCAGGCCAGGUAAGCAUGCUGAGAGACCUGUCAGCAAGGGCAGCGCUGCCGCCUGGAAGAAGACUUCCAUCAAUACAGGUGGGGCUUUACCGUUCGUUAAUCCUAGUUUAGCUGUGCACAAGUCGUCUUCAGCAGUAGACCGCCAGCGUGAAUAUCUCCUGGAUAUGAUUCCCCCGCGGUCCAUCCCACAGUCCGCCACAUGGAAAUAAUGCAGAGGAACGCCCGAGAGGAAGACUUUCCUGUUUCUGCCAUCCUUUUUAUACCACAUUACAGUGGAAUCUGCUUUAAUCCCAGCUGGAUAUGCCCCAGGCUUUGUAGGAUGCAAGAAGACCACUCCUCAUCCCAUCGAGUGCUGCUGUCCCUGCGAUGAGAAAAUGACACCGCGUGGGUGGGAAAGACUUGAGCGCAUUUGGUUCUCAGAUUCUGAUGAUUGACUGAUGAUGAAGGCUGUCGGGGAAGGGGAAGAAUUCUUUUGUUUUCCUUUCUUUUUCUUUUUUUUUUUUUUGGCUUUAUGUAUUACGUUUGGAUUUUUUUGUCACC